GAGCAAAGGUUAUUCUACAAACCAGAAAAGCCUCAAGAAACAACGCAUCAACUAGCGAAUGGACCGUCUGGAGAGAUUUCAUCAUCGCCAGUAAGACUACUGGAUGUGAAUAAAGAUGGAAUGGUUGAUGUCAUAUUUGGCUUUUCAGUUGGAAAAUCUACUGAUCCACCAGGAGUAAGAGCACACUUGUGUAAAAAUCUCAAUAUUUCAUCAGCUGGGUGUGGUGGUGGUGUUAUAGCCUUGAGUGGUUGGAGAGGUGAGGUGUUAUGGAGACUAGACACCAAUCAGACAAACAUUAAUAGCUUAGUCUGCAAUCAGCUGGAUGUCAACAAUGAUGGUCAAUUGGAUUGUCUAGCAGCAGGAGAUCAUGGUUUGCUCUUAGCCAUCAACACAAAAAAUGGUGACCUUCUAUGGGAGUCUGAUCCAUCAGUUACUGUAACAUACUGGUCAUAUUCUCAGCCCCAGACCUUGCCGAAUGAUCUCAAUCAUGAUGGUAUCCUAGAUCUUGUAAUCUCACAUGGUGUAACAGACAAAACACAGAGUGGUGUUGGAGUUGGAAGGCUUUUAUUGUUGUCAGGGAAGACUGGUCAAUCACUUGGUACAUUUCUAGAGAUGCCAGAUGGACAUACAUCAGUUAGCCCACCAGUAGUUUUUCAAGCUGUUGAUGAUAGCAAUCCAUUCAUUGUAUUUGGAACAGAUGCAGGAUCAGGAACCCCAUACACUACACCAGGUUCCAUGUGGGUUAUAAGUCUGGAGAUGAUGGUCUGUUACCUCACUGAAAGCAACUGUGUUACAAGAACAGAGGAGCAACAGUAUGGAGUAUCAACCAUUGAUGACCAUGUGAUUGAAAUUAUAAGAGGGACAGAUGAUGGUUUUAGUCUGCCUGCCGUAGUAACUGAUCUGACCAUGGAUGGGAUCAAUGACCUCAUUGUAAUAUCUGAUAAUACAUGGGUUACUGCUAUUAAUGGAUCUAGUUUUAAACCAUUAUGGAGUGUACAACUUGAUGUUAACUCUGGUUACAGACCUACCAGUGUUCCUGCACCUGGUCACUUCAAUGCUGAUGAAGUACCUGAUAUAAUGAUACACUUAGAGUCACCUACCCUUAUAAAUAAGAUUGUGAUACUUGAUGGAUUAACUGGUCGUGAUCUGUGGUACACUACGACAACAUCCAGCUUUGAGAACAAGCCUGCAUUCACCAAUCCAUCACCUCUUAGUCUAAAAGCUCAUAGACAGAAAGAUGCAUUCUUAUAUUGGAUACAGAAUUUCCCUAAUAUAGAUACUGGAACAACUACAAAGAGAAACCUAGAAGGAUGCUCAGAACUCAUCUCUGGAUACCCGACUUUCAACAUGGUGAUGAUGGAUAGAGAUUUGGCCAUGGAUCCACCCAGCCUCCUCUCAUUAAGACCAUACAAACCAAUAAUCAGUACAACAAGUGUGCCACCAUCUAGUGACAUGACAAGUCAGGCAAUUAGCAUUGGAGUUUCAUCAUCUCCUGAGUCAAUUGAUGUUACACCAGUAUAUCUGACAUCAACUCUGACAUCAACUCAACGGAUUAUCAAAUCUACAUCUCAAGAUUGUUAUAUGAUGGAACCAGUUCUCACAAAUACUGGUGUGAUAGAUGAUUUAGACGAUGAUGGUUCACUUGAAGUCAUUGUUGCUAUCAACACUAUGCCGACGUACCUGGGAUCAUCUAGUAAUUCUACGACAUUGCCACUCGCCUUCCUUACCAUCCGACAAAUGAGUCUAGAACAAGCCGUAAACCAGAAUCAAAGGAUCAAAUUAGUCCAAAGUGACUCCUUUCUGAGUCCCAGUGUUGAAAAUUCAACUGUCACCGGGAACAUCUUCGAUCAUUUUGACUUCUUGGAAACAAAGUUUCAGACUUGGUUAGGGUAUUUGGGUACUAAUGCCAAUGGGAGGUAUACUUAAUUACAUCAUAUCAAUUCAUUUUUAUUGUAUCAAGACAUCUUCAUAAAGUACUCUUCUCCAUAUUACAGAAUUUUAAUGAUUCACCCUCAAAAAAAUGGUUUUGAUAAAAGCAG